AUGAGCGACCAGACUCAGCCCGUCCGCCCCGGCGACGUGUACCCGCCCACCGCCGCCGGUAAGGACUCCCGGCGCCAGCGCGAGCGCGACGAGUUCCUCGCCCGUGAGCAACAGCCGCAGCAGCAGACAGAUGGUGGCCUUCGGGUCACCGAGGCUGACCAACACGACGGGAGUCGCGUCGUGACCGCCUCAGCCGGCGGCCAGCUGAUUGCGCAGUUCACCGCGCCAACGCCGGGCGGCGAGACGGACGACGCGGUGACCAUCGGCGAGGCGCUUCAGGCCGCCGCGAGUGACGCGCCCGUGGGCCUGGCGGACGCCGCCGCUGCGGAGGCUGCUGAGACGCGCGCGACUGGGCUGGGACGUGUCGUGCCCGGUGGCGUGGCGGCGGCCGCGCAGAAGGCCGCCGAGACGAACAUGAGGCUGGGCGGCGGCGUCGGGGACGCCGACGAGGAGAUGGUGCCGCUUAUGGACGUGGUGGGCAGCGCCACGGCGGUGCUGCCUGCGAACAAGGCGGUCACGAGGGAGGACGCGCGUAAGGUAGCGGCGGCAGCUGAGAAGAAUGCUGCGGAAGGAGGAGGAAGUGACGUCGCUGAUGCGUUGGCCGCGGCCUCCGAGAUGAACAAGGGGAAGAUGACGCGGUAG